AUGCCCUCUUACUUUUAUCAUCUCAGUCUGGAAAUCUUCGGUCCCCAAACAUCAUUUGCAACUUCAUCAUUAGCCCUGGACACCGCCAUCGAAGCUCUUGAACCAUUUCAGAACCGGCCCCGCCUCUCUAGCCCAAGUCACUCUGCAGCGAGCAAUCUGCGCGGUAUCGAGAAACACGAUAAGACCCCGCGGAUCAUCUCUCACGGACCUCGAUCCAGCUGGCCUGAUAGCGCUUCAACCCAUCAGACAUCAAGUCCAAACAACUCCGCCGCUGAUCACACCGACAUUACGCAGCACAUAUUAUCCCCCGACACAGAUCUUCGCACUGGCCCGAUCUCAAUAGAGUGCAUUGACAUGGUCGCGCCCGAAUCGAUGCGAGCGCAUAGGCGGCCUCCGUCGGAAGAGGCUAACCUCGUCACAGCAGGUAUCGGGACUGAAAUUCUCGGCGGCCUGCGCACCAAAGCCCGAUAUAUACCCCUUGAUCAGAAGGCCGGAGACAGCAUCUACGGAGUCGUCCAUUUAUACCGAGAUUCACAGGAAACGCAUUAUCUUGCGAGUAAUAAUGAUGAUUACCCAACCUACUUGAAGGGCUCUUCGGCGACUGCAAGGCAACCUGGGCAGCAGCAGUCUUCGGCUAUCGAGCCGAGCAUUAACCAUAGUCACGGGAGGAGCAAGAGAUCAGCCGAUAUGAAGGCCUUUCCGUUCCCUGCGACGGCUGCCUCUUCAUCGGUCCAGAGCCCGAAUGUGGCGGAUGAGUGCAGGACGCUGUGUAUAUUGGCUGUGCCUUCUUAUCUUUCACCCUCCGAUUUCUUGGGCUUUGUAGGUGAGAAGAUGCUGGACGAUGUGAGUCAUUUUAGAAUGAUCAGAACACCGCGUGCGAACCGGUACAUGGUUUUGAUGAAAUUUCGAGACGGGAGGACAGCCAUUAAGUGGCAAAAAGAGUGGAAUGGGAAAGUUUUCAACAGCAUGGAGCCUGAAACAUGCCAUGUCGUCUUUGUCAAGUCAGUUGAGAUCCAAGUCGUGGAUUCUCAACCGCAGUCGAGUUUCCCUCCUACCGAGCCUGGCCCUCUCUCGCCUUCUGGACAAGCCACUCUCUCCACCAAACCUCUAGCUCCACCGACACCGGCAUUGAUUGAACUGCCUACUUGUCCAGUUUGCCUCGAACGAAUGGACGAAACGACAGGUCUUUUGACUAUCAUUUGCCAGCAUGUCUUUCAUUGCACAUGCCUUCAAAAAUGGAAAGGCAGCGGGUGCCCCGUGUGCAGGUACACACAAGAUGGCUUCUACAAGGGAAUGGAUGGCAGCGAAUCUGAUGAAGACCCGGCGAAGUGCUCCGUGUGCCACUCUGAGGAGAAUCUCUGGGCAUGCCUGAUCUGUGGGAAGAUUGGAUGUGGACGUUAUGACGGUGCCCACGCAUUCGAACAUUGGAAAGAAACAGCCCAUGAAUUUGCCAUAGAUCUGAACUCUCAGCGAGUAUGGCAUUAUCUCGGUGACGCUUACGUGCACCGUAUCAUUCAAAGCAAAACAGAUGGAAAGCUUGUGGAAUUGCCCGCUGCAGAUGACAGUGCUCUCGAUCCACCUGACUGGGCCGAUGCCGUCCCCCGCGAGAAACUCGAGAACAUGAGUCUGGAAUACACUCACCUCCUGACCAGCCAACUCGAAAGUCAACGUGCCUACUUUGAGGAAAUCGUUGAGCGUGCUGCUGAUAAAGCCUCUCAAGCUACUGCGGCAGCCGUAGCAGCAGAACAAGCGGCCAACGCAGCCAUCAAACGCCUCGAAGAUCUACAAUCUAAGUAUGACACUCUCCAUGAUGAAACCAUUCCAAGCCUUGAAAAAGACCGCACUCGCCUCGAGAAACGAUCGGCAAAUUUCGAGUCUUUGGCUCGGCGCCUGGAGAAAGAUUAUCGGGAAGAAAAAUCCAUGAAUCAGUCUCUUAUGGAGCGGGUCGACAUUUUCACGAAAGAGAAUGGGUCUUUGAAAGCUGAGAAAUUGGAUUUGGAGGAACAAAAUCGCGAUUUGACCUUCUUUAUUAGUGGUUCACAGCGAUUGCAAGGCCAGAGUGAGGACAUCACACAAGGGACUGUUAGUGUCCCGGAGCCGGAGACUAAGAAGAAGAAGAACAAGGGAAAGGGGAAGAAGUAG